AUGAUGCGGGCAGAGAAAGAGCCCCACGGGGUUUAUAAGCUGCGGAAGGCAGCCGCGGAGAGGGAGACGCCGGAAUCCGGUCGAAAUGGAGCGGGGUGGGGCCGGAACGGUGCAGCGGAAGAGGAGGCUGGGGCGGCGCUCGAUGAGAAGCUGGCAUCACUGCAAGGAGAGCUUAUGGACGUGAAGGUCUACCUGCUGGCGAGUCGCCGCGAGUGCCAGAGCCAGGAGGAGCGCGCCCUCCGGGCCUCCCAAGAUGCUGAAGUGGCACGCGAUGAGCUGGCACUGCUCAAGGAGACGGCAUUAAAUGCGCGACGGGAAGCGGAAGAGGCGCAGGCGCAAGCGAAGGCCGCGGGCGGUGCGUUGGAAGCGGUUAAAAGGCGGUUAGAGCAGAUGCUUUCUCUUAACCCACGUGGGCGGAAGGUGGAUGGGGUGACGCAAGAGGGAUCCCUUGCUGACGAUCUGGAAGGCGCGUUGGAAGCGAUGGGAGGGGGGGGAGGGAGUGAAGAGAUGGCGAAAGUGGCGGAGGGAAUCCGAGGGUUCGAGGAGCGGGUUUUGCGGAAGGAGGAACGGGUAAAGGUUCUGGAGGCGAAGGUGAAGUUUGCGAAGGAGGCUGCGGCAGCCGAAGAGGGAAAUCUAAAGAUCCUGAGAGAGGAGGCGCGGUCAAUGGCGGAGGGGGUCGGGAAGAGACGCGGGCAGAAAGUGGAGUUGGAGGCGCAGUGCGAAGAGUUGACUGGUCGUGUUAAGGCGCUAAGCGACCGGUCAGCUGACGAGAGUGCUGAGCUGGAGCGGGUUAAGGACGAGGUAAAGGCCGCCGGGGAAGAAAGUGCGCGGGUUAGGGGGCGAGUUAGCGCGGCCGAGGCGAAGUUGCGGUUAGUUAAGGAGGAAACCGAGCAAGCGAAGGGGGUUUACAGGCGGGUUAAGGAGGAGGUUAGGGACGCGAAGCAGGAGUUAACCAAGACGAGGGGUGAAUUGGCGGAACUAGAGCGGAGGUGGCUGGGGUUGAAGCUCGAAGUGACGGGUGCAAAGAGCAGGUGUGAAUGGGCUCGCAAUCAGGAGCAGUUUGGAUGA